AUGCUGCGCACGCGCAAGGAGAACCCCCUGGCCAGCCCCGACCCACGCAUGACGUCACUAUCGUGGCUGGCCGGCAUUGACUUUGGCUGCGCGCAGCCUGUGGGAGACGAGCGCCUGCACCUGCGUGCGGGCACCCCCACCUACAUGGCCCCCGAGUGCCUCGGCCGCGACUACCACAUCGAGGCUGACCUGUGGAGUGUGGGCACGACUCUGUACCAGCUGUAUGCGCGCCGCACUGACGAGUGGCGCGCCUAUGAGGAGUGCCGCCGCCACAUCCUGGAGAACCCCGAGGCCGACUCGCCCCUGCCGCUGACCGGCGGCCCCUGGGCGAGCAUGAGCCCCGAGGGCCGCGAGCUGAUUGGAGCCAUGCUGGCGCGCGACUACCCCAGCCGCAUCACAGCAAAGCAGGCUCUGCAGCACCCCUGGUUUGCCAAGUGGGUGCCCAACUUCAAAGCCGCCACACCAACGCCCGUCCGGGCCCCGGCAGCCAGCAGCAGCAGCAGCAACAACAACACAACCACCACCACCACCACCUUCACCCCCAGCAGCAGCAGCACCACCAGCGCCAGCAGCAGCACCACCAGCAGCAGCGCCAGCAGCAGCAGCGGCACCUGGCCUCGCCGCGCAGCCGGCAUGCCCGCAUCGCAAACACAGUCGCCGCUGCGUCCCAACCCUGCUGCGCCCCAGCCGCAGCCACAGCCGCAGCCGCAGCAGGCAGCCAAGACGCCGACGCCGCCGCCGCCCCCGCGCCCAGUCACCACACCGGCCCGUGUGCCCGCGCCGAAGCCGGCCCCGGCCGCCGCUCCGGCCAGCGCGAAGCCGUCGCUGCCGACGCACCUGGGUGGCGGCGUGGGCCCCAGCAUUCCCUACACCCACAAGGAGCUGCCCCCCCACAUGCGCGAGAUUGACGAGCGCGCCCCCGUGUUCAAGCCGGACCCCGCGCCCAAGGACGGCGCGCGGUCGCGCUGGACGGUGUCGCGGCCCAGCUGGUGGCGCUGGGGUUCCUCCGCCAGCGAUGACGACAAGCCCAAGGUGUCGGGCACGUCCUUCGAGAAGAAGAAGUGA